AUGGAGGGUCAAAAAACAAAAGAAAUUAAGACAGCUAAAAUAUUAAGCUCAGAUUCAAAGUUUGUAAUAUCUACGCAAACAUCUCCAUGUUCAAAUUUACCUCCUCGUCUUUCUGCAAAAAGCAAAAUUUCUCUGAUGAGCCUUGAAGGAACUACUUUAAUUAGUUUGGAUAAUACUCAUGUCAAUAAAAACUUCAAGGCUCAAUCAGAUGAUGAGAAAAGAAGCAUAAAAACUUAUAAGAAAGUUGCUUAUUUAAAUAAGAAAAAAAAAAUUAAAUUAAAUCGAGACAAAAAAAAAUUGAAAAAAUUGAAACAUAACAAAAUUAGGGUUCUAACCGAGAAAAUUAAGGAGUUAGAAAAAAAAUAUGAAGUAUUGAAGGAAGUGAUUAAUACUCUAAAUCAAUCAAAUGAAGAAAACGAUAUGAUUAUUAACAAGUUAAAGGAAGAUAAUGAAGAAAAAGAUAUGAUUAUUAGCGAGAAAGAGGAAAAUAAUAGAAAGCUUAUGGAAGAAAAUCAAAUAAUUGAUCAAUUGAUUUGUGAGUAG